AUGCGGUUGUACACGAGGAAAAACAUUAAGAGUUUGGGUUACCUCCUUGCAGGAUUGCUCGCCGUCAAAAUUGUCAUUGAGCGCGCCGACUACGACAACCAGAGGAGGCGGGCAAGCACUCGUCACGUGACCCCGGCCGUCCGACCUGACCUCCUCGACCAAGGAAUUGGCGAACAUCUACGAUUACAUGGAAGAAAAAGAAGAGGAAGAUGGAGAAUAUAUUGUGCCCGUGAAUUUCGAGGCCGGAGAGGGGGGCGUGCAAGCGCCUUUGGACGAGAAUAUGCAGGAUUUGGAAUUUUUUCAAGAGAGAGAGAAGGUGUACAAGGAGCGCAGAGAACGGGUACAGCAAGUGUGCAAAGACCUCGAGGGCGCCGGGUCCUACGGGCCAUUGACCACUGUCCGCUGAAGCGUCUGCGAUGGCUCGUGUCGCGCAAUCUGCUCAUGUGCUUUAAUGCAAAGGUUGGGACAUCAACGUGGACGCAGUAUUUGAUGGAGGCAGGUUUCCCGGGGGUACUGAAAAACUCGACGCACUGGCAUUACACUGCCGAGCGGUACCUUAAACCCCCUCAAAAAAGAUACAGCUCAGCGGUAAAGGAUCUAAUGAAGAAAUUUGGGAAAGUCGUGAUAGUCCGAGAUCCGUUCGCCCGCAUCGUCUCAGCCUACCUAGACAAGAUCGCCACACGCUCCUUCGCCAAACUAAGUCGGUACAUCAUCAAAAACUACCGAGUGACCCCGAGGAACAACGCCACUCGACAGCCAACUUUCGAAGAGUUCGUGAAGUUCCUGGUGGAACACACGUCCUCCUCCGACAGCGUCUGGAAGAAGCUGGAGAUGCGCACGGACCGGCACUGGUUCCCUUACUACGCCAACUGCUUCCCCUGCGACAUCGAUUAUGACGUCAUCGCUACUAUGGAGACUAUUCAUGAGGAUACGCGAUAUAUUAUGCAGAAAUACAGACUUGGACUUUCGGAUAACAUCUGGGGCAACCACAGAACUUCCACGUCUUCUGAGGAAAAAGCUCUUGCUCUGUUCAAGACCAUUCCGCGCAACCUGACCAUGGCGCUCUACCAGCGUUACCGUAUAGAUUUCCUCAUGUUUGGUUAUUCUGUUGAAAAAUAUUUAUCCCCUCCCUCUGACGCUCUUCCAUAAACCUUAAUUAAAAAUAGAAACGGAAUAUGUGCAUUCUAUAUCUAAUUUUAUGUCUUAUGUUAUUGACGUAGCAGUAUUUUAAGAUGAUUUGUAAAUAUGGCGUACGGGUGAAUAAGCAACUUCGUAUGUAUAUAGCGAAUGUGGACGAGACUAUUGUGUGAAAUAUAUAGAUUAAGGUAACAA